UAAGCAGUUAUUAGGCACUGUUAUUAUGAUUUUUUCUUUCUUCCUUGCGUGGGCGUGCUUGCUUUCUGUGUACGGUCAAGUAUUGAUAAUAUUUCCAAAAGAAAAAAACUGUACGUCGGCUUUUACAUACGGGUUUAAUGAGGCGAAUGGAGUCAACCUCAAUUUUUUCGACGACGAGAAUCUGCCUUCUCUUGCAAUAAGAAAACUCUCCGAGGUUGAAGACCCAUUUUCACUGUUGGGUAUAGCCGGAAGUUUCCACUCUUCUGUUUCACAAGUGAUCUACGAUUUCUUACACUGGCAAGGUGUUCCUGGAAUUUCUUUUUCCAAUUCAGAUAUUUUUUCUUUAAAAUCGCGCUUCUCAACUUUUUAUAGCAUUCUUCCAUUAGACAACAUAAGAACCGUUUAUCUCGCUGACAUACUUGAAAGGUAUAAGUGGACGCGGGUUGGCAUCAUACACCCUAGCAGCUCUUACUUUGUCUACCGCACAAUUAGUUUAAUUCAAGCUUUGGUAAAAAGAAACAUAACUGUUGUAAAUCGUUUGGAAUAUUCAAAUAUAGACGGAAAUUUCCCACGUUCCUUUUUUGAGAAGAAAUUGAUUGCUUUAAGAGAUGCCCAAAUUAAGAUUUUUAUAUUGUCUUGCCCUGUACCUGACGUCCUCUCCAUGCUUAGGGUUGCUCAUGAAUUAAAUUUAGUUGGUAACGGCAAUUUUUUUUGGAUUCUUUACGUGGAUGAUUUUGAGGUGUCUGUGUUAAAUAAUUGGGACUACUUAUCAAGGGCCCCAUACGCAGCCCACGGCUUGCUCACAUUUUCCUACGAAUGCGAUAAGUCUUCCGAUUAUUAUCAAAACCUAAAGCAAAGAGAAAAAGCAGAGCCAACUUUCUGGCAAUGCGCUGCUUUCGAUGUGGGCUAUGCUCUGGCCACUUCCAUUAAAAAAAGUCUUCCUUUUUAUGGAUGCCUGGCUAAUUCCGAUAAAUCUACAUGCUCGGGACUCGAUGAUUUGCACGUAAGCCUCCAAACCUUCUGUUCUCUGUGCCCCAAGCAGCGCGAAUAUAGAAGCGCCUGCCAGUCUGUAUGCACAAAGCUCCAGAAGAACUUGAAGGACGGCUAUAUGGUGUAUUACGUCCAACUAGCGCUGGAGAUCUUCAUGACCAAUUUUUCCGGAGCCACUGGCCACGUCUCUUUUGAGCUAGAUGGAGGCCGCACCCCAAACAACAUUAAAGUCGCCAUACAAAAUAUAAGAUCCAACGGCCAAACUUAUGAGUUUGUUACAGUUGGACAAGUCACGUUAGGCAACAGCGAAGCUCACCAGAUAAGUUGGACUGAUAGAGUGGUUUUUCCAGGAGGCACUCCCGAGCGUCCAAACUACGUCUCUCCUCUGGAUCGGGCGCCGGUUCGGUAUGGGUUCACGCUUGGGAGAGUAACGCAGGCGAUCCUCAUUUCUGUUGUUGUUCUCUGCGUUCUGGUGUUUCUUGCUCUUCUUUGGGGAUUUUGGAACUACCGCACCAAGCUGGUGGUAAAAACCUCGUCGAAGACUAUGAUGUACACGAUGAUGGGCGGUGCGUUACUCGCUAUGACGGGCAACUUCGCGCUGGUCGUCCAGCUUUCUCCCAGCAGCGCUUCCUGCUUGGUCUACUCUUGGACCACCGGCUGUGGCUGGGCACUCUACUUUGGGUCAUACAUACUCAAAAGCUACCGAAUAAAGCUUAUCUUUUCAGAAGAAACAGCACAAGGAAAACAUAGCAAAAGCAAGAAAGGAAACUUCAAGUUUACUGACGAGUUCUUGUUGAAAAUUUUAGGGGCCUUUACUGUGUGCUUAAUUGUAUACCAUGCUAUAUGGACUGCAGUGGAUCGACCAAGAAGGGUGGAGUUUGUCAUUGCCGGGGCUGGAGGAGAGGGAGACACAGUCCAGUACGUCUGCAAGGACUCCAAGUGGUCCCUCGCGCUGAUGCUGGUCGAGUUUUUGUUUGUAUGCUACGGACUGCUCCUGGCGUAUCAAGUGCGUUCGAUGCCUUCUUAUUUCAACGAGUCGAAAAUCAUCGCCUUCACCAUAUACAACUGGAUCGUGCUUUUUCUGGUGUCCGAGUUUAUGCUUCUCUUUAUCCGGAGGAGUAUAUCUCAAGAAACCGCCAUCAUUAUUUUGGUACUGACAAACUGCUAUGAGUUGGCCACAUUAGUCGGUUCUUUUUUCGGAACAAAAGUGUACCUCGCUUUCCGCGGGAAAGGGGACAAUAUGUCGAAAACUCAGGGAAGAACGGGUAAAGAAACAACUAGAAGCAAAAGAAGUAUCGUGAAUAUUUCGAUAAACACGCAUACUAAUAUGAAUCUCAAUACCGAUUCAAGAACAAGACUAACUUAGAAAAGUUACUUUCUCUUGUUUACAAAAUUUAAAUUAAAAAAAAC